CGGCGGCGCCGUCGUCGUCGUCGCACAUGAUGAAGACCACGAAGAGAGGCAGACCCUUCCUCAAGGACACUCUUGACCUCUUCGCAACACUUAUCGUAUCGCUCGAGCUGCGGACAAACAGGCAGUUCUUCCGCAACUUUCCUAAUUCCUUCUUGACUGACGAUGCGGCACGAAACCUCGCCUCUCUCAAAUUCUCGCAAUCCAACCGUGGGCCGGAUCCCCGAGACCCAUCCCGGAUAGUAACGACCACGACUACGACGACAUUCUCCAUGACCCGUGACAUGGCCAAGGCGAUGUGCCAGCACUUUAUGGAUGCGCGACUUAUCGAGAACGCCGCCGACCCAGGCUCAAACCUCUUCAAGGAUCGGGGUGUCUACGUCCUCACGCCGAAGGGGCUCCACGUGUUGGAACGUUUCAUGAGCAAGAACGGCAUAAACGGCGACCAUCUGGCGCAUGUCUUCACCACUCAGCCAAUCUGCAUGAAGCUCCUCCAUCUUGAGCGACGUUCGGUCGACGACGAGAUUAUUGUUUCUCACGGCGUCAUCACUGCCCUCUUCCGUCGGUUCGUCGGCAGGCAAGCCAACUACCUACCAGAUAACAUCGAUUCGAUGGACACGUUCCAAAAGUACCACGAACGGUCGAAGGGAGUGGCACUCAUGGAUGUUACGGAGCGGGCAGCUGCUGUUGGAGGCAAGACCGUCACGCAGAGGGCAUGCUUCCCCGCCGUUGCCGCGCUUGAGUGGUUGUGCGACUUUACCUCGGUCAUCGGUAGGGAGGAGGCAGCGGAGAUGGCAGCACAGUUCGUUCGCUACGGCCUGAUUACUCUGGUCAGCGACAAGCGCAGGAACAACGACUCUGCGAUCAUCUUCACGGUGCGGGGCGCAGCAGGCGGUCCUAACUCGCCCAUCCAGCAACAUGGCGAGUUCCGCUGUACGGCGAAAGCUAUCUACAAAAUCACCGAUGAGGGUCGUCGACUCGCGCGCUGGGAUCAGUCCGAGGGUGUGUCCAGCUCACCGAACAGCUCAUCGGCGGCGCUGUCGGGCAAUGCGCGAUCGUCAGAAGACGCCGACAACGACUCGAAAAACGGUGAUGCCGCAGCCCAGAGGCUUCAUCGCCGUAUGUCUAUGACAGAGCGUUUGAACGGCAGUCACGAAGGCGAUGGCAAGAAGUCGAACAAGAAGGAGAAUAAUUCGGAGCGACUCAAGUACAUCAUCGAGGAGCCCCAGUUGCGGAACCUCUUCCGUGAAUUCUUGCGGUCGAACUUCUGCGAGGAAAACUUAUCGUUCUACCUUGAUGUUCUGGAUUUCAAGCGCAAGUUCCAGAUCACGUCGUCCGCUGUCGCCGCGACUUCGAACCCUCGUCCCGUUAAGGGAACACCCGGCCAAGCCGCGAUGGAACGUCAUCAUGAGUCCCUCAUCCAGACAGCGUUCGUUAUUUACAACACCUACCUCGCGCCAUCAAGUCAGUGCGAACUCAACAUCGACCACGGUCUUCGCAACGAGCUGUCGGGUUACCUCAGCGACGUGAUUCAGAAUCUGACCGGGAAGGCCUUCCAGGGCCGGGUCGAGAUGGAUCAGGCGAACGCCUUCAACGCGACGCAGCUCCAGACCAUGAUUCGCUUAUACGAGCGUAUUCAGACGCACGUCUUCAGGUUAAUGGCGACAGAUUCGGUGCCUAAAUUCAUCAAGACGCCGAAGUUCCUUGCCCUCAAGAUUAGGUUAAACGAUGAUGACGACAGCUUGGACGAAUUCCCGGUGAUGACGGCCAACUCGUCGACUCCAUCCGUGCCACCAGGCCUAAACGAAGAAGAGGUUGGCGGCGCAUACGUGACUGUGUCGCAGAGAGCGGCUGCGAUGGAUCGAGCGGGCCAACCACAUUCAUGAACUCCCAUCGAGCACGCCAUGUCGUUCCUCGAUCUCUGCCCAAACGCCAUCUACCGUACAGCUCAUUUAUGCGCCCAUGUCUAUGCCGCCUCGAUCCCCCGGUUAUGCCUGUAUGUCACACCACCAUGUCACCAUUAUGCCUGUCACAACGCACCUGUACAUCUCCCGUCGCCGGUCCGAAUCAGCUCCAGUCUUGGUCGCCUCACAACCUGCAACUUUUUUUUAUAUUUUCUUUCCACACUUGACACCCCGGGGGUCUUGUGUUCGUACUAAUCAGACUCUGGCAUUUUCUUCUUCUUCUAGUAGUGCAAGUGCAUUCAUAUUUUUUUACUUCCUUUGGUUUCAUCGCAUCAUUGGUCCUUUUUUCAUCCUAUUCUCUGCAUUAUGUACCAUCUAAGAACUAAUACCCUAC